AUGCAGCCCACCCAGCCCCUUCCGGACCCUGUGGCCUCGCCAUCGUCCAUCGGGCGGUUCGGUUGCGGGCUCCGUGGCCUUAUAAGUUCUCCCAACAGCACGAUUAACCUUCAGCCGGACGGCUGCAGCAGCCGGCAAGGCUCCCCUCAGCGCUCCGCGGUCCUGGAGCCUGUGCUGCUUGGCACGGCACAGGCCGACGCAGCCAUCAGCUAUUUCACCUAUGGAUCAACUAAGGAGACCAUGAUCCGCAGCCCAGAGCUGCACCGCCACGUACUGAGCACCUCUGUCGACGCGGAGGCGCCCAUGCCCGGCUUGCCUAGGCCACGGCAGCCAUUGUCGUCGCUGCUGCACCCUGAUGUACCUGGCAGCCCUGCCAGGGGAGUACGGCGCGGGCGUCGCCGUGGUGGCGAUGGCGGUGGUGGCAGUCGCAGCGGGAGGUCCCCCUCUCCAUCAGUGCGGUCCGUAUAUGAAAGCUCGCAGGCGACUAUGACUAGCAACAGCAGGGGAUCUAGCAUAGUGAAUGCCAGGCUGGAGCGAAGUUGUCCCAGUCUGCGCCCUGCCAGCCGGGGGAGCGCGCUGUCUGCUGUGUACGGGCAGGCCCCCGUCCCCAACGGAUGCGCCGGCGCUGUAAUAACGGAUGGCGAUGACGUUAGCGUCAGGACGUCCAGCAGCGGUGCUGGCAGCGGUGAUGAGGGGCGAGGCGACGACAGCCAGUAUGGCAGCGAGAGCCUCCGGUGCUACUACUCUCAGUACAUGCCACCGCUGCAUCUGCCGCCUUCGCUUCCAAGUACGAGAAAUGGGGCAAGCGUUGCAGUGCCGCAGCCGCUGCAGGAAGACUGUGCUCGUACGGCUACAAGUGCUGCUGUCCAUCAGCGACCACCUGACUUGCCGGUUGACAGGGGGUCAGCGAACGGUGCUGAGGCCUCCAUGCCCGCGCCUGCGGAUUCGGAGUCCCCAGGCGCUAUAGAAAACGGGGACGCCUUGCUGCAAGGUCAUCUCGAGCACCUUCUGAACCUCCAUACGCAGGAUCAAACUCGUCAUCAACCGCAAUCGCUGAUGCCGAGGCAGCAGCAGCAGCGACUGCAACUGCAGCCAAUGGGACCCUUGUCAAGCCCGAGUGAACAGCAUCAACUGCAGCUGGAGUUGCAGCAGCUGCCCGACGACAGACCUCCUCUACCGGCCCUUGACAUGCGCUCCAUCCGUCCGCAACGUGCCGCCUCCGCCUCCUCCGCCUGCUCUGCCGCCUCGUCGAUUACCCAAAACCCUGUCGCGGCAGCCCGGCUGCACACACGACUGUCUGAGAUGUCGCUGACCUCCCGUGCCGCCGCCUGGCGUCGCAGUCUUGCGGCAGACGCCACAUUUGGUGACACUGCCGGCCACAGCGCCUGGCGCUCCAGCCACCUGACACGGCCUAUCGGUGCCCAGCUGAGCGGCACACUUGCGGAGUGGAUACGGAGCAGCCACAGUGUCCAUUCCGUGGUCCCUGAUUCACAGACCAGAGCGCAGGCCAGCGGUCUGUGGCCCGAGUGUAAGCACACUAGGAACGGUGGCCGGGCCGGCAACGGCAAUGGUGUCGCGGGCGUGCCAACAGCCAGGUCAGAGGGCGGCGGCGUCAGCUCGCGACCCGCGGCCGAUGAGGACCUCGCAGCCAUGUGGGGCCGGCCACGGCGGGGCCGGGGACACGUGCAUGUGGAUCCGGAGCUGGUACGACAAUACACAGAACGGCCACCCAAGCUGUGCACGCCAAACAACGCCAGCCGCCCUGUCACCAGCUCGGACUUUGUGGCGUUCAAAAACCAUACAGUCAAUCGUGCUGGGACAGCCAACACGCUGAGGACCGUGCUUGGAAGCAACGCGCCGGCUGGCGGCAGCGGCAGUUCCGGCAGUAGCGGUGCCACAGCCGCGGCAGAGGCACGAGGUGUCACACCGCUGACGACUUUGCUCGGCCCCGCCUGGGUGCCCGCCGUGCUUAGGCCCCGCUCGCCACGCGUAGGCGUUGGCGGAAUUCUCACAGGCAGUACUUCCGUACCGGGGCUACACGUGCCGCUGGAGUUGGAUCCCCCUCUGCGGCUGCCGCCAAGUGGCGGCGGCGGCGCCACCACUGGCGCGUCUUCCCCAACGGCACACUCAAACCUGUUCCGUCGCAGUCUGGAGUUUUCCGAUGGUAUCUCGUCGCUUGGAUCCCCUGGCGCCGCCGCCGCCACCGCUGCGGCGGCAGCUGCAGGUGACCGUACCGGCACGCCGCUGACGGUGUCAACCUUUGGCGCGGCGUCGUCACUACCUGCUCCGGUACAAGCGGUUACAGUGCCACGGACGGGGCCCCCACCGCACGUGCGAUGCGGUGCCGGUGAGCUGACGCUUGACGUGAACACGUGGCUGACGCCACCGACGGCACCGUCAGGGGAGCUUUGCGGCCUGUUUAACAGUGAUGACGGGGAGAGCGUGGCGCUACUCAGCCGCGUUGUGAAGGGCGUGGUGCAGUGCGACCUGGGUUGGGCGGAGGUGUCUGAGUCCCUCAUGUUCAUGAGUACAGUCACGGUGCCCAACGCAGUGCUGCGCUUCCCGGUGCCGCACCGGGCAAUCCUGCAGAGGUUCGCGGCGACGAUCGGUGGUACGACAUUGAUCGCGGAGGCAGUGGCCCGCAGCAGCGGCGGCAGUGGAUUUGAGCUGGAGGAGGACGAGGAAGAUGAUGACCCGGGACCCGGCAAGGUGUUUAACAAGGGCUUCGGUCGCCGCAACCAUCAGCCCGGCCCCGGCGGACGUGCGCCCAUGUUGCGCGUGCCGCUGGGCAAGGUCCGCGGCGACAUCUUUAUCACCAUCUCCUACAUUGUGCAGCUAGAGAGCUCCGGAAACACGCUGUCACUGACGCACGUGUGCAACUGGACCCCCGCGCGCAUGGGCUGGCACCUGGCCAGCAGGGAGCAGCUCAUGAGCUCUGAUGGCAGCUGGGUUAAUAACGCACCCAACAACCGUCGCUCGAAGCACAAGGCAUCGGACCUGUACGACCUGAGCUUUGAAUUAGAGAUCUUGAGCCACCGCGGGCUAAACCUGGUUUCGGGGCCGCGCCAUAUGACCAUCAAGCCCAAUUAUGAUGCGCUGCUUAUUCAGGGCUACACGCAGGUGUGGCGCCCUCGCCACAUGACUACCGUCACCUUUGAGCUAGCGCUCACGGUGCCAUUGCGCUCCUUUGCAAUCCUCCACGAUGCCUGGCGCGCCGGGCCUGAUGCCAACCCGGAGCCUCCCGGAAGCAGCAUCAGGCGAUCUACCAAUGCUUCAUAUCCCGAUGGCAGCGGUGGCGGCUCGACCGGCGGUGACGGCACCGCCGGCGGUGCGUCGACGCCACCACCGCAGGCCUCUACUAGCCUUCGCCUCAUUGUGCCGACUGACAUGGCGCACCUUGCCCCCGGCGCCGAGAAUGGCAAGAGCACCAUUACUCUGCGCUCUGCACCACCAGCAGGGGCCUUGAACCUGGAGCCACGGCCGUUAUCCACGCGGCAUUGUGCAGCUGUGACAUUUGUGCCAGGCUCCCACUUCAGCCCUGCGGAGCUGGAAGAUGUGCUGGGCCCGGAGGUGGCACCAGGGCCGCGUGCGCAGGCGGCAGCCAUCAGGGCUGGGCUACCCGGUGGCCCCGGGGCGCUGCCGGUGGAGCUAUGGGUAGUAGUGGACUGUUGCGGGCCUGCUGGUAUCGCAGCACAUGUGAUGCAGAUGCUACAGACACUGCAGGUGCUGCUGCGCAGCUUGCCGGUGGCAGAGGGUUGUGCCGGCAGCAGCAGCAGUGGAGCCGCAACCACCUCCAUGGGCGGCGGCAGUGGCGGUACAACAGGGAUUCCAAUAGGCGCCGCUGCUGGGAGUGGCAGCUCCGUGGGAGGGAGCACGGCGACAGGUACAGGCGGUGCCCCGGCGUCUGCCUCUGUUGCCGCAGCGACCCUGUUCAACUUGGUCAUUUGCCCUGCGGCACCGCUAGUGCUUGACCCGGACGAUGAGGAGGCGGUGCUGGCGACGCUUCCACCGGAGCUGGCCAGCUUGCACCUGGCCUCGCGGCAGCAGCAGCACCAGCAACUUCUGCUAAUGCGGCAGCGCCAGCAGCAGCAGGGGUUGCUACAGCCUGGUGUCACAGCUGGGGAAAAUGAUGAUGCCCCGCCUACACCGCUUCUGGUGCAACAGGACCCCCAGCAACAGCAACAGCAGCUGCAGCGGGAGGCGCCACUGAACCAGCACACCCUGCUGCAGCAGCAGCAGCAGCACCUCAUGCUGCAUCAAGAUGACGUGAUGGCGCUGCCUCCACUGUGGCUUUUCCCUGGCGGCUCACGGCCAGUCAAUGCAGAGACCGUGUCCACGGCAUUAGGCUGGGUGGAGCAGUUGCUGACGGAUGUCGUAGCGUUGGCAGCGUGGGCGCAGCCCGUAUCAACACUUCACGACCUACUGGCUGAUGUGGCUUGGUCGCCACGGUCGUCCACCUGCCGCCGUACUGCCGUCGUACUAUGCCAGCAGGUCCCACAGGCGAGUAGUGUCACCAACGGUGACAGCUGCAUUGGGCACGCAGCAGCGGGCCAAGGGAGCAGUGGCAGCAGUGGCGGUGUAGCGAAAUCAGCAACGAUGCGGCGGACUGGAGGGGGCGGCAGCAGCCGUCUGACGAGCAAGCACCUGAAUGCUGUCAACCAGGCUGGAAAAGGGGCCAGCGGUGGCGGUGGGUGCGGCAGUAGAGCCGCCAGCGCACGCUUGCGCCUCAAGCUGGAAUCCGAGCCAGGUAGCCGGGCCAAUAGUCGGCCCGCCAGCCAGGCCAAUAGUCGGCCCGCCAGCCAGGCUAAUAGUCGGCCCUCGAGUCGGUGUCUCAGCCGGCCAACCAGUCGCACCGCCAGCCGCCCAGCGAGUCCGACUCGUUCCCACAGCCCUGCAACCUCUGCUAGCCGGCCUUCCAGCCCCAAGGGUGCCGUUCCUCGUCGCGGCCUCAACUUCGGGGAUUUGCCAGCACAGGGAUACGCCAAGGCAGCCGCGGCGGCCGUGGCUGCUGCAGCACCGACGUCCCAGGUAUUGGGUGGCCAUCAUGAAGACAGCGGGAGGGGGUUCGACGGCAGCAUCACUGCAGCGGGCUGGGACUCUGCGCCCAGUGCGAACGCCGAGUUUGUCGGCACUGUCGGGGAAGCCACCAACGUCAACCAGCAACCCGUCACCGUGCACGCCUAUGCGGGAGCUACUGAGCCGUAUCGUCCCAGGUCCUCACUGGCUCGAGGAGGUGGACAGGGCCGACAGGGCGGGAGCGGGGCAGACGGCGUCCGAUGGUCUAACGGCAUUGUCAGCAACCCGCGUAGCCGUCGUGGUGGUGGGGGCAGUGGCGGUGAAACAGACCUGAGCGAUAGCGACCCCGAGGCCCCGUUGGGCCGGCCACGUGCUACCGGACCAUCACCGCUACGUGGUGGUGGUGGCGCUGGCGGCUUUGCCACCGCUGCAGCUGAUGGCACUGGCACUGGAACCAGUGGCGACGAUGAUGAGGAACUGUCGACGGGAAACCCAGCAGUGGAGCCGCCUGACGUCGGAUUUCCCGUAUUCGUUGUCGUACAUGAGUUGCCGCAUCCACCCAGCAACGCAAUGCUGGCGGCGGGGCUGGGUGCGGCAGCUGCCUUCGGCUCCAACGGCACCAGCUACAUGCUCGCGUACCAGCUAUACCAGAAGCACAUUGAAGCGCUUCUGUACCGUCAGGCUCGUGAUGAGGUUGGACAGCUACCGCUAUCAUACUUUGAACGACUGGCGGAACUCCACGGUGGCUUCGUGCAGGUUGUGUCGUCCGCCCUGGAGCUAAGUCCUGCUUUGGUGCUAGCUACCUCCUGUGCCGUUAAUGGCCGCUACCUGCGCCAGCUGCGCCUGGUGGCCCGCGGGUCGGUCAUCCGUGAGCAGUUCCCCGCGAAGUUGCCGCCGGCAUUGCCGCUAAGCGAGCCACUAACGCUGCUGGUGUCAGUGGAUCCCCGUCUCAGGGCGAGUGGACAGCUUUUGCCGGUGUUAUGCGCACUCAGGAGCCCCACACAGAUGAUCCCGAGCGGCUCAGGUGCCGCUGAGGCUGCUGUAACCGCAGCGGUCGGCUGGCCGCCAGUGCGGGUGACCCCACAGCAACGGGUCCUGAAGCGGAAGGCGACGCGCAAAGCCCUGGCGUUCAACCUUGUCACGCCUUUCACGUCCAUGGCACUGGUAUCCAUGACGCUUAUUAGCAACCGGGGGCUGACAGUACAGACCCUGCAAACCACUCAGGGCCGUACAGGAGACCAACGCCAUGCCUUCGUGUGGCCUGCACCUGUCAUGGGUGUGCUGACUGCCACCACCAAGGAUGCUGCGACGCAAAACAACGGUGCCGCGUCCCCGUUCCAUACCUCUGCCACGUUUGCGGCUGGUGCAGCGGCGGCAGUGCAGGGGCAACUGGGGCAAGGACCGUCGGGUCAAGUCCCUGUGCAGCCAGGGCAACUGGAUCUGCCGCCGGAGCUGUUCGCGAUGAUGUCAGGGUCCGUGUCGAUGACGUCGGAUGCACUGGUGAAUAUGGUUAGCAGUGCAGCUGGUGGCGGCGGCAGUGGAUAUUCUGCUACCGCAGCUGUGGAUCCGGUCAUGGUGCCAGCAACUGCCACAUCCGUGGCAUCAGCUGCCUCUGUCGUUCCCACCAAUGCUGGUUUAGCAGAGCCUAGGGUUGAAGUCCCCAUUCCGCUAGUUGCACCAACGGCUGAGUCAGAGUUCACUGCGACCUCAGUGGCACACCUACCCGGCUCAGAGCAGCAGGAGCAGCAGCAGUACGAGGCUGCUGCUGCUGGCCCUUGCGGCCCAGUCACUGCGACCACCGCUGGUGGCAGCAUAUCAGCGGCAAUGCUGGAGCUGUCAGCUCGGCCAGCAGCCAUGGCCGGCAGCACCCAGGCGACAUGGAGGCCAAGUGUGCUGGGACUGGGCCCAGUUGCGGCUAUUAGCCCCGACGUGACGCUUGUCAGCUCUUCACGGCCAAUGCUUCCUCAAUCCAUGCCACCGUCAUCGUCAUCAUCACCGUUUCCAUCUCCAAAGAUUUCUGCUGGGCCAUACACACCUCCCAUGUCGGCGGGCGGCAUUGCUGAGGCGCACCAGCUGACGGUACUGGGGCGGCUGGCGGCUAUGCAGGCAGCAGAUGGCAGCUGGCCUGCAGUCCCAGAGUUAGAGGAGUUAGUGGUCAGCAAUGGGCGAAACCUGAUGGUGCCAGUACUGGGUGGCCCCAAGCCAUCCACCCAGGCUGAGAGGGUGGCAGCUGAGGUGCGGGAGGGGCGACGACGCGAGGCGCUAGCAGUGCUUCGUGGACAAGCGCUGCAUGGUGCUGUGUCUGGACCCUGUUGGAGCACUGUGCUGUCAUUGGCACUGCUGCAAGCAAAGUAUGGCCAACAGCGGCUGGCAUGGAUACCGCUUGAGGCCAAGGCCUUCUCGUGGCUGGAUCACAAAUGGCCACCAGUGUCAGUGUGUGGCAUGACAGCUCCUGCAGCAAUCAUGCGCAUUUCCGCAUUGCUGUGA